AGGUUUCAUAUUUUAAUGAUUGAUUUCUAUACAACCUGGUUCUAUGUGCCGGAUAAUUGCUUGCUGAUAAAGUCUAAGUUAUGGUCUCCCAUUCAUCCAUUCCGGGGAUAUCAGCUGUACUUUAAAACUUCAAUGUGUACACAUUGAAGUUUUCUGUCCAGCUGGAAUGGGUGGGGACUGUUUUAUGUAUUCGUAAGUGUGUCUUAAAUGUCUAUCUCUUACUUGUUGAUUUAUUUAUUUUCUUUCUCCCAGCUACGUUGCAGUGUCAUUAAUUUAAGCAAUGAUCGGUUUAGUUGUUCUUUUGCUAAUUUACCACACUUUUAAUUGUCAAUAGAUUUUUUAAUGUAAAAAUUCUGUACAUAAUCAUUUUUAAUUGUUUAUAUGUUAAAACAUCCGUAAUUUUAACUAUGUACAUAUGCAAAUACUUCACAUUAUUGAUGACGAAUUUAUUUCUGUGCCGACAUUUACUAAUCAGUUCGUUCCUUUUAUUCAAUAAUUCCUUUGGGUCAGAGUGUAGGAUGAAAACUUUUUCAGAUAUACACAGGUCACAAAACGUUUAUUUCCAUAUUUGUAUUGACUUGCGCGCAUUGCAACAGACCAAUUAAUCCAAAAUGCACGGUUUUCGUCAUUGAGCCUCCAUAUAAACUUCGAAAGCUCGGUUUCGUUCUGAUAUUUCCAGUGACGGAAAGACUUCGUGUAAAGUAAAUAACCCUAACAGAGAUAUACAGUUACAAUGACAUGCAUAAUAUAAUAUGAAAUAUUAUUUUGUAUUUUACUAUUUUUAAAAAGCCUCUGCCUUAAUGUAAAUUCUCAAAGUUUACAAAUUGGCAAAUUGAUCCUAGUUCCAAAAUGAGAAAGUUUAGUUGUUUUAUUAAGUUGACCAUAUUUAUUUAGAUAAUAAAAAAAAUUCUUCUUUUUGCUCUUAACAAAGAAAAAUGUUUUUCCAUUCCGGCACAUACAACUGAAGCAUCAAUUUUCUCCCUCGAUAGUACGCAAAUUUUUUUCUUUUUGCCUUUAUUUAAUGACAAAUAUUUAUGCCUUUGUGCACGUACUGUAAAUUUGUUACCACAAUCAUGCACAUAAUAUAUUUAGAUCAGCCAAAAAGAACUGCUUUGUAUAGGUUGCUUGUUGGAUUAUAUAACAAUGUUUCACAUUUAGUGUAUUUAAUAUGAGUGGAUAUUUGUACAGUGUUUACGUCAUAAACAAGGCAGGUGGUUUAAUUUACCAACGGGACUAUUCUUAUACUGAAAAUGAAGUGGAACAAACAUUUAAACAUCCACUGGGUUUAGUGCUAAAAGAAGUUGAUGAUAAACUUGUGGUUUUAUUUGGUGAAAAAGAUGGUGUAAAAGUUGGACAUUCAUUGUUAGGAGUUAAUGGAGAAACUUUGAAUGGAAAAGUGUUGCACGAUGGUACCUCAGUGUUAAAUCUACUCAAUGAUGAAUCAAAGUUUCCUAUAACACUUCGCUUUGGAAAGCCAAAAUUAAGCACAAACGAGAGAAUUAUGUUAGCAUCUAUGUUCCAUUCACUUUUUGCAAUAUCCUGCAAACUUUCUCCAGCAGAAAAGUCAUCAGGUAUUGAACUGUUAGAAACCAACUCAUUCAAGUUACACUGUAUGCAAUCUAUUACUGGAGUCAAGUUUCUUGUACUAACAGAUCCACGUGUCCUUAGCAUGGACGCAUUUUUGAAAAAGUUGUAUGAACUUUAUUCUGACUUUGCACUGAAGAAUCCUUUUUUCUCGCUUGAGAUGCCGAUCCGAUGUGAUUUAUUUGAUACAAAUUUACAAAAGUUACUUGAACAAACUGAAAAAAGUAUUAAUCAUACUAUGUUGUCUACUUAAAAAAAUCUAUGUAAUGUGAUAA